AUGGUGACACAAAAUGAUAGCGAGGGCCUCAUUCCCCUCGAGCACACUGGCCAAACCUCAGCCACUGGCUUCACCACCAUCCCCCCAGUUUCGCCUGGUUCACCAGUUCCUCCCUACCAGUCUACAGUCAGUUCCUUGACUCCACCGCCUCUGAGCCCCCGACAACCCUCCACCGACGGCGACUACAUCAGCCAAAGGCCAGCAGAGAAAACGCGGGUCGCAGACGAUAUCGCCCCGACCUUUGUGAGCAGCUCCAAGGACAAUGCACCUUCAUACCCGGGACAGCCUAAGGAGCAACCGAACGAGUACAACUCACCCGACGAUGUGAAGGGAUACCCCGGACAACCCCAGCCUACCUACCAAGACCCUUCACAACAAGCUCCCAAUUACCAGCAAGCUCAAGCCCAGCCGGGGGUAUACUAUACUCCGUACGGUCCGCCUAGUGGAUACGCCAGCGCUACACCACUGCACGCGCUUCAGUCAGCUCCCGCGCCGGUUGAUUGCCCUUCAUGUGGACACCGCGAAAUGACCCGGACGGAGGCCGUUACCGGAAUGACAACACAUGGUUGGGCGGCCGUUCUUUGCUGCUGCUGCUGUCUCGGAUGUUUCCCUUACCUGAUGUCUUCCCUGAAAGACGUCGACCACUACUGCGGAAAGUGCGGUGUUAAGCUGGCCUGCUGGCAUAACAGCGGUCGGGUUCAAGUCAUGCAGACUGGACCCGCUCAGCCCUCUCAGCCUGCUCAACCCGCUCAAACUGCUCAAACUGCUCAGACCCCGGCGACCCAAUGA